AUGAGCUCCGACACCAGAGAUCAACUUAUUGCCUCUCGAGAUGCGCUUCUCGCCGAGUAUAAACAACGACUGCGGUCUGUUCAAACUAUUCGUUACUCAAAGCUCGUCGACAAAUGUGAUACCCUCCCGUUACUGGAUUACACCGAAAGACUCGAGUGUUUGCAAGAAUUCUACCCUCUGUUGAAGAUCCAUUCAUUAAAGAAACAUGGGUUCACAACUUCAGGCCAAUCCAACGUCUACGUCACCAAUGUCGAGCUUUCCAUCGAUAGUGACUUUUCAAUGUCUCUUCAAUAUUCGACUGAAAAUUCUAGGAUGCUCGAUCUCAAGAUAAUUCAACUUUCACACAGUCGCUUGGCCCUAGACCCUCUCAUUCAACAUUGCGAAAGAACCUACAAUUUGUCCUUUCUGUUUCUUGGAUGUUAUGAAUAUACUCGUCUUUGCAAGUCCAGAGCUGGCCUCUGGUCAAACUUGGCGAUUGCAUUCGGAUACUUGACGACAAAUACAACUUCCAAGAGCUGCUUUCAACUAAAGUCCCACAAGGCCAACCACACACUCAAAAUUCGUUAUAUCAUCGAGUUCGAUAAUCUUCCUUUCCCCAGUUCUGCGGUAAGCGUCGAUCUGGAAUCUAAUUCCGGAAGCACCCCACACGCAAAUGAAGUUUGUUCAGCUCUCAUAAGGGAAUACGGACUAGAACAUGGUCUUAUCGAGUUCGUCAAGGCAGUUAUGUCUUAG